AUGCCUUCACACAAGUCUAUUCUACUGAAAAACGCUACUCUCCUUGUUCCAGAGGUUCCUGGGGACGAUCAUGUCAUUCCGUUGAAGAACCAUUCAUUGCUGAUUGAGGGCAACAGAAUUGCCCGUAUUGCACCUCGCAUUGAUCCCCCAUCUGAAUCAACCGAGGUUGUUGAUUGCUCGGCAAAGAUCAUCUCGCCGGGAUUUGUCGACACUCACCACCAUGUUUGGCAGACUCAGCUCAAAGGACGGCAUGCUGAUCACUCGCUGCUGGAGUACAUGGUACCAGGAAACAUGGCAUCGCACAGCUACAAGCCUGAAGAUGUGUUCUGGGGCCAGCUUGGGGGAUGUCUCGAAGCCCUCGAGGCAGGGACGACUACAAUUGUGGACCACGCCCAUAUCUCAUACACUCCCGAGCACAAUAAUGCGGCUCUUUCAGCAACAAUCUCAUCUGGUAUCAGGUCUAUCUUUUGUUACUGCCCUACCGGAAGGGUCAAGACCUGGAAGCCAUUCAAAAUGGAGGAAGAGUUUCUUCCAGCCUGGCUGUUCGAACAGCUAACAUCACUGUGUAAAGCUGGCCCAUUUGCCGACGGUCGAGUGACGAUGGGCUUCGCGUUCGACUCCUUCUACCUUCCAAAGGAGGUUGUUGUCAACAUUUUCAAUCAGGUUCGUGGACUGGGUAUCAAGACCAUAACUUCUCACUAUGUCCCAAGCCUUCUCCACCUACUUGAAAGUUAUGGGCUUCUGGACAAGGACAUUCUUCUUUCUCACGCAACUCCACUGAAUGACUCGGACGCACAGAAACUACAGAGCGUCGGAGCAUCGAUCUCCUCGACACCAGACACUGAGCUGCAGAUGGGUCACGGCUGGCCCGUUUGCUUUCAGAAAAACGCCAGGUCAAUCAGUUCUCUCGGCAUCGACUGCCACAGCAACAACACAGGCAGCAUCGUUGCCCAGAUGAAGGUUGGUCUCCAAGCUGAACGUGCUCGCCGCAAUGAACGAAUACACGAAGCAGGGAAGAUCCCUGCGAAAGUCCAGGUCUCUACUCAAGAUGCGUUCCAGCUUGGGACAAUUGGCGGCGCAAGGGCCAUCAAGAUGAGCGAUCAAAUUGGAUCUUUAGAAGAGGGCAAAAUUGCCGAUCUUGUAAUCUGGGAUACGUUGAGUCCUGCGAUGAUCUGUGCUGCCGAGGAAGAUCCAAUCGCUGCUAUCAUUCUGCACUCCGCUCCCUCCGACAUUGAUGCUGUUAUUGUUGAUGGUCAAUUCAGAAAGCGAAACGGAAAGCUGGUAACUACUAAGCUGGACCUAGAACUCAUGCCCAAUAUGGAGCAGGAGAGGUCUGAAGUACAGUGGUGUGAUGUUGCAACCGAACUUUUGAAGAGCCGUCAGAGCAUCUUGGACAGGGAGAAGGCCAGUGGAGCUGAUGAUCGAGAGGCAGGGUUUGAGAACAUAUUGAGAAUAUUCGGGACCGACAAGGACAAGCUGGUUUAUUAA